AUGCCUAUCAAGACCGACAUAGAGCCCGUGGAGAAGGUCCAGAUAUGUGUCGACCGGGGAGGCACUUUCUGUGAUGUCAUCGCUCGAAGUGCUUCCAAGGGCGAUCAUCUUGUCAAGCUGCUCUCAGUCGACCCUGCCAACUAUCCUGAUGCUCCUAGAGAAGGAGUCCGAAGGGUGCUCGAAUGGUUCACUGGUGAGACAGUUCCCCGCGACCAGCCUCUCGACACUUCAAGAAUCGAGUAUCUCCGCAUGGGUACAACUGUCGCUACCAACGCGCUUCUCGAGAGGAAGGGAGAGAAGUGCGCCUUGGUCAUCACGAAAGGCUUCAAGGACGCUCUGGAGAUCGGUACGCAGACUCGUCCUCACCUCUUCCAGCUUGCUAUCAAGAAGCCCGACGUCCUCUACUCCAAGGUCGUUGAGAUCUCUGAACGAGUGGCACCUGUUUGGGAAGACUUCGGAGAAGGUGAAAGCACCCCCGAGACGUAUCUCCAGGCUGGAAGUGUUGUGACUGGUGUCAAUGGGGCUAAACUUCAACUUCUUGAGGCAUUGGAUGAGGAUAAAGCUGUAACCGACCUUCAAUCUCUGUACGACGAAGGGUACCGAUCUAUCGCCAUCGCACUUGUUCACUCUUACAUCUAUCCCGAGCACGAACUCAAAAUCGAAAACAUCGCUCGAAGCAUUGGGUUCGAGCAGAUCUCGGUCUCCUCCAGCCUCCAAGCAAUGGUCAACCUCGUGUCCCGAGGAGGGUCUGCCACUGCUGAUGCCUACCUCACUCCAGAGGUACGCCGAUAUGCCGAUGGGUUUUCCAAAGGCUUCGUCGGGGAUCUUGACGGAAGCAAUGGGUGUCGCGUGUCUUUCAUGCAGAGUGACGGCGCCUUGUGUGACCAUAGAGCCUUCACGGGACUCAGGGCUAUCCUUUCUGGCCCUGCAGGUGGCGUUGUUGGUUUCGCAAAGACUACGUAUGACCCCUUGGACGGCUCUCCUAUUGUCGGAUUUGACAUGGGUGGCACUUCGACCGAUGUAUCGCGAUUUGGAGGCUCUUACGAGCAUGUGUUCGAGACCACCACCGCUGGCGUGACUAUCCAGACUCCACAGUUGGACAUCAACACCGUCGCCGCUGGCGGUGGCUCCAUCCUCUCCUACAGCAACGGUCUACUUGCUGCUGGACCUGAAAGUGCUGGCGCCCAUCCUGGACCUGCUUGCUACAGGAAGGGCGGACCAUUGACCGUCACCGACGCCAACGUCUUCUUGGGUCGUAUCCACAUCGACUCAUUCCCCAAGAUCUUUGGGCCAACGGAGGACAUGCCUCUCGACUACAACAUUGUCAAGCAAAAGUUCGAGGAGCUCGCCGCGACCAUCAACAAGGAGAACAACAGUCAGUUGACUGCUGCGCAAGUGGCUUCCGGCUUCAUCAACGUCGCCAACAACUCCAUGGCUCGACCCAUCCGGGCUCUUACAGAUCAGCGUGGCUUUGGCGCUAGUACACAUAUCUUGGCUUCCUUUGGAGGUGCUGGCGGUCAAUCUGCGACGGCUCUUGCUCGGGUGCUCGGUAUCCCUCGAGUCAUUGUUCACAAGUACUCUUCACUCUUGUCUGCUUACGGAAUGGCUCUCGCCGACGUAGCAGUCGACAACUCUGAGCCUCUAAACGCGGUUUAUGGUCCCGAAAUCAGAGACACCGUCGAGCAGCGUUUCGCAGCUCUCAAACAGACUGGCUUGGAGCAGCUCCUCGCUCAAGGCAUUCCAGAGUCUUCUAUCAACUUUGAGAAGUACCUCAACUUGCGCUACCAAGGCUCCGACACCCGCAUCAUGAUCCAAGAGCCCAAAGAUCGGGACUUCGCCAGCGCGUUCAAGGUCGAACACAAGCGAGAAUUCGCAUUCAAUUUGGACUCUCCUCUGCUCAUCGAGAACGUUCGCGUGCGAGCUGUUGGAAAGAAUGAGCAGGAAGAGCAGUCAUCACCAUUCGUGAAGGACCUCGAGACCUUGCCAGAGGUUGCUGUGGCUCAAGGCGCUCACUUUGCCACGAAUGAGAUCUACUUUGAGACAGAGGACAAGUUUGUCACUUCGCCUCUGUACCAGCUUGGCUCAUUGUCUCUGGGCACGGUCAUCAAGGGGCCUGCUGUCUUACUCGACAAGACGCAGACUAUCCUUCUUCACCCUGGGAACACCGCUAGGAUCUUGACCAACUGUGUCUAUGUUGACGUCGGUCUCGGAGCCCGAAAGGAGCUUGAUCCUACUACUGUCGACCCCGUACAGCUUUCCAUCUUCGCUCACCGCUUUAUGGGUAUCGCCGAGCAGAUGGGCCGCGCCCUCCAAAAGACAGCCAUCUCUCUUAUGAUCAAAGAGCGUCUCGACUUUAGCUGUGCUAUCUUUGGCCCUGAUGGACAGCUUGUUGCGAAUGCGCCCAAUGUGCCUGUGCAUCUUGGAAGUAUGCAGUAUGCUGUCCAGUAUCAGGCGGAGGUGAGGAAGGGGCAGUUGAAACCAGGAGAUAUCUUGAUCUCAAACAACCCUCGAGCUGGAGGUACCCAUCUUCCCGACAUUACUGUCAUCCAACCCGUCUUUGAGAAGGGAUCCACCACCGACAUCGUCUUUUGGGUUGCCGCCCGUGGUCAUCACACCGACAUCGGGGGUCUUCAAGGUCAGAGCAUGCACCCCGAAUCCGUCGAGUCCUGGCAAGAAGGAGCCAGUAUCAUGUCGACCUUCCUGGUCCGAGAUGGCGAAUUCAACAUUGCCGAGAUCACAAAGAUCUUUGAGGCUGCUGGGGAGUAUCCCAACUGCCUGUCGGCGAGGCAGUUGCAUAUCAACAUUUCGGAUCUGAAGGCGCAGUGUUCGGCUUGUGCGGUCGGGUCGGCGCAAAUUAUUGGCUUGUUCGAUGAGUUUGGCAAAGACGUUGUCAUUCAAUACAUGGGAGCUAUCAGAACUACUUCUGAGCUCGCCGUGAGAGCCUUUUUCAAGGAACAUGGUCGCAAAACAAUCAGUGCCGAAGACUACCUUGGCAGGUCCUUUCAUGACGGCUCCAUCAUCCGCCUCAAAAUCGACAUCUUUGACGAUGGAACCGCACACUUUGAUUACACUGGUACGACGGAAGAGACCUAUUCCAACCUCAACGCCCCUCCUGCCGUCUGCCGCUCCGCCAUCAUCUACUCUCUCCGUUGCCUUAUCGGCACCGACAUGCCCCUCAACGCUGGCGUCCUCGCACCUAUCAAGAUCACCAUCCCUGAUCUGUCUGUCCUCUCUCCGAGUCACGAUGCUGCGGUGUGCAAUGGCAAUACAGAGACUGGACAGCGGGUGGUGGAUGUCAUCUUCAAGGCCUUCGAAGCUUGCGCGGCGUCGCAGGGUACGAUGAAUGUGUCUGGAUUUGAUUACAAACAGUAUGGUUAUGGAGAGACCAUUUGUGGUGGUGCUGGUGCAGGACAUAGCUGGAAGGGCCAGUCUGCUGUGCAUAUCAACAUGACCAACACUCGUAUUGGUGAUGUCGAGGUGAUCGAGAAAGGGUUCCCGGUUCUUGUCAAGGAGUUCUCCAUCCGCAGAGGUACGGGUGGAAAGGGGCGAAACAACGGAGGUGAUGGUGUGCAGCGUAUCUACCAAGCGAGAGUUGACAUGAGAGCUUCUCUCGGUGGUGAACGGCGACUUACUCAGCCGUAUGGCAUGCACGGAGGUCAGCCUGGAACAAGAGGAGCAAACUACUGGCUGCGACAAACUGCGACUCCCGGGGCCCCUAGGCGAAGGAUCAAGCUCAAGCCCGCUGCUGCUUUCGAUAUCAAGGCUGGUGAUAGCGUCGUGAUCAAUACUCCCGGUGGAGGUGGCUAUGGAGCACCUGAAACGGACACCAGCAAGGUGUGGAAGCCACAUGUGGAAAGUACCAAUGUCAUCCACACCCGAGCGAAUGGGAGUCUUGCCGAGUACCAGAACCUGCAGAAUGAAGCUUGA